UGCUUUUAUUUUGAUAGAAUGCAGGAAGUAGUUUUGUUGUCCUGUGAGUUUUGACAUCAGGCAGCUUGAUAGCACCCCUCCCGUCCCUCAGCCCCGAGACUGGAGAGGUCCUUCUCCGAACACUUAGCAGGAUUUGCAGCCUCCCCCAUCAAAAAGACGUUUUCGAAGGGUUCGCUCCGUCGCCUCUCGCCUCGUUGAGUUUCCGGGGACGCCGGUUCGUUUCGUCGGAACCGAGCGCUCGCUGUGUUUUUCGCCCUACUUCUGUGGGCGGAUACAGCGGAGGAGGGCAUCCGGGCCUGGCAGCUCCGGAGGGUCCGCUUGAAACCACGGAAUUCACCGUUUAUAGGAUCAAAUAGCGGAAUCAUACUGCGCAUGUAAAGCAGGGCCGUCCACCGCCCCGCCAUGGAGAAAAUGAAGAGGAUUAAGAAGCGUCUGUCGUUAACGCUGCGCUCAAGUCAGACCAUCGACGAGUCGCUGUCCGAGCUGGCCGAGCAGAUGACCAUGGAGGACGGCGGCACCAAGGACAACGAGCCCUUCAUGAGGAACGGCAGGCCGCCGACGUCCCACAGCAUGCACUCGUUCCUGCACCAGUACACCGGCUCCUUCAAGAAGCCGCCGCUCCGCCGGCCGCACAGCGUCAUCGGCGGCACCCUGGGCUCCUUCAUGUCCAUUCCUCGCAACGGCAGUCGCUUGGACAUCGUGCACGAGAAUCUGAAGAUGGGUUCGGACGGGGAGAGCGACCAAGCGUCGGGGACGUCGUCGGACGAGGUCCAGUCCCCGACGGGCGUCUGUCUGAGGAGCCGAGUCCACCGGAGAAUUUCCAUGGAGGACCUCAACAAACGCUUGUCGCUGCCCGCCGACAUCCGGAUCCCCGACGGCUACCUGGAGAAGCUGCAGCUCGCCAGCCCGCCCUUCGACCAGCCGCUCAGCCGCCGCUCGCGCCGAGCGUCGCUGUCGGAGAUUGGAUUCGGGAAGUUGGAGACUUACAUUAAGCUGGACAAACUGGGCGAGGGCACGUACGCCACCGUUUUUAAAGGCCGCAGCAAACUAACGGACAACCUGGUGGCUUUGAAGGAGAUCCGGUUGGAGCACGAGGAGGGCGCGCCGUGCACGGCCAUCAGAGAAGUGUCGUUACUGAAGGACCUGAAACACGCGAACAUUGUGACGCUCCACGACAUCGUCCACACAGAAAAGAGCCUCACGCUGGUUUUUGAGUACCUGGAUAAAGAUCUGAAGCAGUACAUGGAUGACUGUGGAAACAUCAUGAGCAUGCACAAUGUGAAGGUGUUUUUGUUCCAGAUUUUGCGCGGGCUGUCGUAUUGUCACAAGAGGAAAGUUCUCCACCGCGACCUGAAGCCCCAGAACCUCCUCAUCAACGAGAGGGGAGAGCUCAAGCUGGCUGAUUUCGGUCUGGCGAGAGCCAAGUCGGUCCCGACUAAAACGUACUCCAACGAAGUGGUGACCCUGUGGUACCGACCUCCCGACGUCCUGCUGGGUUCGUCGGAGUAUUCGACGCAGAUCGACAUGUGGGGCGUCGGCUGCAUAUUUUACGAGAUGGCCGCUGGUCGGCCGCUCUUCCCGGGCUCCACGGCGGAGGACGAGCUCCACCUCAUCUUCAGGUUACUGGGAACGCCGACGGAGGAGAACUGGCCGGGAAUCUCCUCCAUCGAAGAGUUCAAGUCUUACAACUUCCCCAAAUAUAAACCUCAGCAGUUGAUCAACCACGCUCCCAGGCUGGACGGCGAAGGCAUCGAGCUGUUGCUGGCUUUCCUCAGAUACGAAUCGAAGAAGAGGAUUUCGGCCGAGGACGCGAUGAAACAUUCCUACUUCAGGCAUCUGGGGAUGAGAGUUCACACGUUGCACGAGAGCGUCUCCGUAUUCACGUUGAAGGAGGUGCAGCUGCAGCGAGACCCGGGCUACAGGAACGCCUCGUACCCGGAGUCAGGUAACGGCAAGAUCAACCGGAGGCAGAGCAUGCUCUUCUAGACUCUGGAGAAGACGGAAGACGCCCUGGUCGUCACCCUCUACCCUCUACAUGACCAACCUCUCUGGCAUGAGCCCCCUUACAGCGGCCCCCCUCCCCCGCCCGCCCAUGCACACGACAUGCACACACACACACACACACACCCCUCUGGACUUUGUCUGACUAUUCAAUCGGUGUGUUUAUUUAUUUCCAGUUGAGCGGGACGGGAUGUUUGCUGCUAAACUACUACUGUACGUAUUUAACACACCCUGUUAACACGCCAGCGCACGACACGGUAAGGUGGGCUGUCGCCUUCGUUCCCGCCUCUUGUAGAAUUUUGUCGAAGAAUUCCGCAGGCGACGUUCAAGCUGUGAUUGGAGUUGUGCGAGACCACCGGUUUCAUUUAUUGUAAUAUAUACGCCGAUGUUCAUAGUGUUCAUUUUGUUGCAGUUGUCCUCUGAGUGCGUGUAACGGAAACGUACAUUUUGAAGUCAUCAUUUGGGAACGGGCCAACGCCCUGCACGGCAGUACUGUGGUCCAGUCGGGUCGCAAUGGAACGUUCGGGUUGAAAAUUGGGAGUAUUGAGGCCACACUGAAAAGAAAAAACAAAAACAUAAAAGUUAGAAGAAAUGAGUUGCCGUGCUGUGAUGAGAUUAUGAUCCGAAAAAGUGAAUCGGAGAAAUCACACCUGUAAAAAUGUGACUUUGUAGUUGUUCAAUUAACAUAUGAGAGUAUAAUGUGACCACUUAUUACUGUAAUGUUAAAAAAGAUAGCAUUGUAAUAUGGCUUAAUUUGUGCAACAUUGCCUGGUUAGAAAAUAACGCUAUAGACUUCCUUCUGGGAAGAUCAUAAUUUGAGUGACAUAAUUCUCAGAAAUCAAUAAUGGUUUUCCGUCAAACCAUUGCGGGUUUAUAUUUCCAAUUGUUAUAAUGUUGAAACGUUGGAUGUUUUUUCAUCUAAUUUAGCGCCUUAGCAUUGGAGAAAUUCCAUUGUAUUUCCUUACCAUUACCUUCAAAAACCGGAAGGUAGUUUUCAUUGCAAAAGUAAAAGUGUUGUAGUCAUAAUUUUUUCUCUCAAAUAUUUCGACUUUAUUGUAUUCCAUGAUAGCCUUCAAACAUUUCCAAAAACGGCUGGCAUAUUUGUUCAUUUCUACAUUUAUUCCAGACCAAGAAUGACAUUGUCUGUAGUACUAAGUUUAUUACUGACAUUCCAACUUUUUUUCCUUCAUAAUAGCGUGAUUAUUUUUAUAAAAAGAUGUCGCUAUUUGUGUUUAAAAAUGGAACACGAGUCAAUUGUUUAUUGCUAAGUGAGCAGGUAAGAUUUGGUGUGGCCUAAUAGUUGGCAAAAUGGAGCAAUUUUUCUCCAAAUAUGAUCCGAGUCUCUAAAAUGCCAUUUUGUAAUAUUUAUGUAAAAGAACCAUUUUUCCACAUAAAGUAGAAAGUCUUAUUUUCCACCUCAUGUUUCGACGGUAGUCUGUUUUAGUUGUCCUAAUAUUUCAACUGAAUGACUGUACCACUAAAUCCUGAGAUUAUUCAUUAUUUUUUGGCAGAAUUUUCCACAAUGCGCUUUCAUUUUUCAUCCCUUGAUUCAUUUGAGUGUGGCCCCAAUUUUCCAUUGUCCACAGUCAGUAUUAAGAAGGCCAAAAACGUUUGUGUUUGACAAACAAGAAGGAAAUAAUCUGGCACUUAGUGCAGUGACUUUGCGUGGAAGUUGCGCUUUGACCUAACAUGUCAUUCGGCAGAGUUUUAGCCAACAGUAUUAGGAUGUGUGCGCUAUACGUGUGUGUGUGUGUGUGUGUGUGACCUUUGAACUGUCUUGUGAAACUACGGCCAGCAUGGGCCUUGGGGCAAAUGUAUUUUUAUUGGGAAAUGGACGUUCGCAUUUUCUUUCCACGCGUAUUUUCCGGAAAUGCUUCUCAAUUGUGCUUGUACGUCCUCUUGCCGUGCGCGUCAUCCAGCCAGUGCAGAAGCAAUUGAUCCAGAGGAGAUGAAUGGAUACACUCUGAACGGCAGUGUUUAAAAAAAAAAAAAAAAAAAAAAAUGGAGCUCUGCAACAUAUGGACAAGAAGAGAUCAUCCGUCAGUUGUACAUAGCGAUGGGAGUACAGGAAAAGUGCAGUAACGACUACUACGCCUUAGGGCGUCCUCAUCCCUUAAGCACACUGUAUUUUGUCUUCAACAGGUAGAUGCAAAUGUAUGAGCAAAUGGGCAAGUGAAGCUAUUUUUUCUACAAACACUUUAUUGUCUUAUAGCCAUGCUUCAAAUAACGUUGAAGUGUUUUGUUCACUGGGGUGGGGGGAACACAUUAUAUGAACGGUGUACGAAAUUGCAUUGGGGGGUGGGGGGGUUAACCAUGAAGGUAACCGUAUAUUUUGACAGCGACGGCAGUAACCGCACGUGACGGGAGGUGUGGCUUUAUUUGUCAUUGCGUAACUUUAGCAAACGUGCGCAAUGUUGGAGAAUGUCUGCAGAAGAACGCGUGGGCGCCGCGCGCAAGGCCCGCCGUGCCGGUGAAGCCGCGGCGAGCCGACGGACGACGUGUGUGUUUGAGUCUUUCUACUGGAAUUAUUUAUUUCUCGUAACCGUCGGAAAGUAAAUGGAAAUUGUUUCAUAAAACAAGUGUGCGUUUGUUUUUGUGUGUGACUGCAUCACCUGUAGAAUGUGGACGGUAUAAAUUAGCAUGAAGAAUAGAAGGGGAAGGGUUUGAAAAGUAGAAAAAGAAAGAAGAAUAUUGAUGUUGAAAGGCAAAAUUGAUGGAUCGGAAGAGGGGGACCUCAAGAAUAUGUCCAGUAUUUAGUGGGUCAGGGGUCCAUGAAGAAGGCUUGUGAGAGGAGCGCAACAAAUGUGUAGAAAUGUCCCCAUGGCCUGCAGACCCAUUCAACCAAUGACAAGAGAAGAGAAAAUGCAAUAGAUAUUAAUAUAAUGUGUCUGUGCAUAUUUGUAUGUUUGUGUCUGCAGGUUGGCUGUUGCACAUGACAAUUUGUUGUCAAUGAUCUGACCUGGAUACAUAAAAGGGAAGUAAUAGAAAUAAAGGUGAGGCGUGAAUAGUUCUCGCUUUGGAGGUCCCAAAGCGGACUGUGGGAAGGCAGGGGAUUAUGGGGGAGGAUCAGAUGGCAUCUCCGAAGAGCCUGAAAAGAAAAGGCAGAGGAAAAGAUGGAAGUCGUCGAGAUGUAUAGGCAUUGAGUACACACAGAAGGUGGCGCAGAUAUUUUUGACAUGGCGUCCGGAAAGGUGGAGUUCUGAAAAGUAGCAUGUAGGAGUGGGAAGUGACAGCGUGACAAUGUGGACUUUCAGUCCGUGUUGUAUGUCACGCAGAGCCUCCAACAGCUCCGUGCCAUUUCAUGCGAGUUGUGCAACUGUCACUUGUCAACUCCGACUAUGGAUAGGUUUGCAAUGAUGUCACCAAUCGGGUAAAUUAACGAUAGAAAAAAAAAACCCCGUCACGCUCCGCCCAUCACUUGUGUUCUUUGAUCUCCAUGACACACAAGAUGGCGUCAUGGGGCGCCUAGCCGUUAUAAAAAUAGAAAUAAAAAAUAGUGUAGCAUUUGAAUAGGACUAGUAAAACUCUUGUUUAUAAAACAAUGAGUUGCAAAGUGUCAGCCAUAUCCAGUACAUAGUUUGGAAUAUUUCUGCAUGACUGCGAUGUUUGUGGCGCGCGCGUGCGUCAGUCUCUCCGCGCAUGCGCCUUGAGUGAGCGCACAGGUUAUUAUUUGUUAUUAUUAAAUGCAUCCACCUGGGCGUCAUGGCGAGACCUGCUACAUGUGACAGGCUGACUUGGAGCUCCAGCUUUCUUUUGGCAGAACAACGUGAAUAACGAAGCGCAGACUUCAACACUACUGCCGUACUGUUGUCGACGAAAGGAAAAGAAGGUUGGCCAAGACUGAAGUGAAGACGAGCUCGAGGACGCCGGUCGUGGUCCACCGUGAAAGGAGAAACCCUAACCCAGCUUUUGACUGAAUGGACACUUUUAACUACACGUGAAAGAAUGUUGCUUUUUGCCAUAUUUAAUGGCCGAAGACACCCGAUGUUUAACAAGAUGUGCUAGUUUGGCAUUUGCGGAGGACGCUAGCAACAACAACAAAAAAAAAAAAAAUGCAUUUCCAGCCGCGUCUAAAGUUUCCCAUUGACUGUGUAAAAUGACGCGACUUGUAACUGUGCCGGUAAUUGAGUGUUCAAUGUUACAUGGAGGAAAUAUGUGUGUUGGCGACCUUGAAUGUGUAGCCAUUGUCCCUCGUCAUAACCCGUCGAACAACCAAACUUUUUGGAAAGAAUGUUUUAUGUCGAGGACGCGUCACGUGCACGUGACUUAACGCAAGAUGCUUGCACAAUGUGAAGUGAGGAAAUUUCCACAGGCUGAAAUAAAAGCAUGGAAAAAAGUGUAGUAGUUUAUUACAUUACAUUUUUUUGCUUGACCGGGUUAGGGGAAAGCGUCCGUUGAAGCAGGCCGUAAUUCGUUAGGAUUAAAAUAUAAUAAUGAAAUUUAAAUGAGUUCGCAAAUUAAAAUAUAAUGAAAUUUAAAUGAGUUCGCAAAGUAAUUGUAUGUAAAGGUUUGAAGCACUUUUUGCAUGUUUAGUGUGCGGUUGAACGCUUUGUAAAGUGUGGCAGGUGCGGAUGACACAUUCAACAUGGCGGCGGUAUUGACGUCCCGUCUGAAGCGGGUAAGUGCGUGACGCAAUUUAGACGCGACCGCAUUGAAUGGAAGUUUGCGCAGAACGACUUUUGCCAAAAUACUGGACGUGCUGAAUGAAAGAUGUGCCAAGAAAGUGGGCAAAUCGUCGUAUUAGUGGGUUUAGUAUUUAAAUUGUUAGCAAAGAAAGUACGUUUUCUCCCAAGCACGAGGUGUGAUGAGGGGGUAGGAUGGAAUAGUAGGUUUUUUUUUUUUUUUUUUUUAAGCACACGGACGCGCUGUUAAAGACGUCACUGGUGCAGAAAGGAAAAAGUAUGAAGAUGUUGCAAUCUUAAAGUAUUGAAUGCGUAACAACUGAAAUUAGGAAUGGCCAUAUGAAAAAGAUGGAUUGCAAGAUCAGCGUGUGUUGGUCGGUUUAGAGGUAUGAAAAAGUUUAGCAGAUUUCUGGAAGGAGUUUAAAGGUUUACAAAAGUUAUAGUGAAUAUGAAUGAAUUUCGAAUUGUUGUGACUGACGCCAGUUAAUUUAGAUUUUUUUUUUUGUUUUGGUCCAAUGGUGAAGAAAAUGUAGAAUUUUCAAAGGCAGAGAUUUAUAGAAUGGAGUGUAUUCUACAUGAUGAGUUGGGAUGUUAGAGUUUUA